UCCUAACUGUUUCCAUCAUCUCCAUCUCCGUCUAGCUCUCUGCAGUGCUACCUUAAGGGGUUGGUUGACAUCAGCCGAGUGGGCUGGCUUCUGUGGGUUGAGUUUCCUGUGCAAAAGAGGUCAGCUGUUACCCAUCCCUUUUUUCCCCUCUUCUCUCUUUCUCUCCCUCCCCCUUUCUGCCUCGGUUCCCCCCUUUUAUUUCCUCCUCUUCCUACCCCUUUUCCCCUCCCCUUGCUUGAUCUCGUUGCAGUGCACAGACCUUCAUCUCGGGGGCUUCCCCCACGCCCUAGCCCUCUCUCCCCCUCUGUCUUUCUUUCUCUCUUUCCCUCUCUCUCUCUCUCUCUGGCUGUCUUUCUCUCUCUGGCUCCCCAGUGCUUCUCGGAUACUCUGGAUUAACGCACAGUGAUGUAUAAUCCACAGAAUGCCCAGCAGUAUCGGAAAAAGAUUUAAACCGACAAAAUACAUCCCCGUCUCUACUGCAGCUGCCUUAUUAGUGGGGUCAACUUCGCUCUUUUUCGUCUUCACGUGUCCGUGGUUGACCAGAGCCAUCUCCCCAGCUGUCCCACUCUACAAUGGGCUCGUAUUCCUGUUUGUGCUUGCAAACUUCAGUAUGGCCACGUUUAUGGACCCGGGAGUCUUCCCACGAGCUGACGAAGACGAGGACAAAGAUGACGACUUCCGAGCCCCACUCUAUAAGAACGUGGAGAUCAAAGGAAUCCAAGUUCGGAUGAAAUGGUGCGCCACCUGCCACUUUUACCGCCCUCCACGCUGCUCCCAUUGCAGCGUUUGUGACAACUGUGUUGAGGAUUUUGAUCACCACUGCCCUUGGGUUAAUAACUGUAUCGGACGACGCAACUACCGCUAUUUUUUCCUUUUCUUGCUGUCUUUAAGUGCCCACAUGGUUGGCGUGUUCACCUUCGGGCUUAUCUAUGUCUUACACCAUGCUGAAAAAGUGGGUGUGGCCCACACCGCCGUUACGAUGACAGUCAUGUGUAUCGCUGGGCUUUUCUUCAUCCCAGUGAUUGGUCUGACUGCCUUCCACAUUGUUUUAGUGGCACGAGGACGCACGACCAACGAGCAGGUGACGGGUAAGUUCCGUGGAGGAGUCAAUCCUUUUACGCAAGGGUGCUGUGGGAAUGUGGAACAUGUCCUCUGCAGCCCCCUGGGUCCUAGGUACAUUGUGGAUCCCAAGAAGAAGGAGAUGGUAAGCGUGAAGCCACCGUUCCUGAGGCCGGAUCUAAAGGAGCGACAGAUCACUGUCAAAAUCAGCGACAACGGUGUUCAAGCCAACCUUAUCCACAGCAAGUCUAAAAUUAGCCUAGAAGGGCUGGACGAAAAAACCAUGGAUAUACAGCCUCCACUUCCACCCAAAGGAGAUUCCAGUAAAUACAGUGAACUGGGAAGCGCCGAAGAGAGCAGCCUUUCUCCCAAACUGAUCAGCCCUCCCACGCCUGCCAUGUAUAAAUACCGCCCUGCUUUCAGCAACAACUCAAAAGUACUCUAUCGCGGAACAUCUGAGCAGAUCUCCAUCCAGGAAGGUCUCAGGCAAAGCUCCCUGGCCGAUGACAACGACAGCAGCCUGGAUUAUCAAUCUGAGCCCAGCAUGGAGCUCCCCACCUAUCGGAAGAGUUCCCUUCACAAAACCUACCAGUCUUCUCCACUCCAAGCUGAUUCUUUUGCUGCCAACUCGAGAUCCCUCAGCCUGAAAACGGGGGGCCGCAGAGGCACCGACAAACUGCCCCUCCACCCCAUGAAGUCCGAAGGGGCGACCUCAACCCCCUACAAGAGCGUCUUCGCCCCCAAUUCUCUCUCCAACAGGAACGGGAGCUUAUCCUACGACAGUUUGCUCAAUCCCAUUUCCCCUUCCGGCAAGCGGUGCAUCGCGCACGCCGCGGUGGGCUCCGUCGGAUACCACUCGCCCUAUUUGUCUGCCAAAAUGUGCCAUCUGCGGGGCAGGGAACUCCAGCGCCCGUCUCCCCAGACCUUUAGCCCCGGGCAGAGUGGGCCAGCCCCGCAUCCACGGGACCCCUCUCCAGUUCGCUAUGACAACCUGUCGAAAACCAUUAUGGCGUCCAUCCAAGAAAGGAAGGAAAUGGAGGAGAGAGAGAAGCUCCUUCAUUCUCACCCAGACUCCGUGUUUGGCGAUUCAGGGGUGUACGACACCCCGAGUUCGUACAGCCUUCAGCAAGUCAGCCUGCUGUCGGACGACCCCCGUAGCUUAGUCCUGAGAUACGGCUCCAGAGACAAUCUGAUCCCGAGCAGCAGCUUUAGCACCCGGAACCCAGCCUUGCAGACGUCUGUUUCUUCCCUCUCCAGCGCCAUGACCCGAGUAUCAAGGACUUCCACGCCUUCUCUCCAAGCAGACCUAGCCAAUAACAACAUCCAAGCCCAUCAGGCACUGCAGGGCAGGAUGAGUAACGGCUCCUACAAGUCGCCAAGCCACCAGGUUCCUUCAUCUCCAGGUGGGAUCCACAGAUCUCCUUCGUAUGGGGCUCCCAAAUCGGUCUCCUUCGUUAACACGGUGGAUCUAACAGAAGCCCAAUCCAUAGGAACUGCGAGAGAGGACAUCCCGCUGAAGACCCCUCACAGUAAAAUCAAUGGACAGCCGAAGGGUCUUUCAAGAAUCGAGAGUCGAAUCAGCUCCACGCCUAGUGCCCAAGGUCCUCCCUUGAGUCCAGCGAGACACUCAAACGUUAAGAAAGUCUCUGGGGUGGGCGGAACAACCUAUGAGAUUUCAGUGUAAACAAAAAGAAGACGACGCGUAGGCGUAUGGGAAAAGGAGAAGUCCCUGCAAAUUCAUCUGUGGAGCUACUUACACUGUGAAGAUCCAACAGGAACAGAAGGAGGAAACCAACUGAUGGUGCCUGCCCUGUACAUGACUUCCUGGCUGGACUUAUCAUUAUUUUUUUCAACCAUUCUUAAAAGGCACACACAGGUCCCCCUUUGCCGGCUAAGGCCAGCUGUAGUCUUUAAAGAAUGAUGCCCUCGGCACAGCUCAUUGGGUACUUCCUGGACAAACUGACCCGUCGACAACUGACAAGGCCGGCUUGUGUCAAACAACGGUAAAAACCAUUGUGCAUUUGUCUUUGUCCAUCCCACCCUUGUCCUUAGGCCUUGUUGCUUUCUCUUCCACCCUUGCUUCAAGUCUCCAGGCUGGUUGAAAGCCAAGAUGAAGAAAUGACGGAACUCGUGAAGAAGAAGUGAUGGAACUCAUGAGGAAGAAGUGGUGGAACUCAUGAGGAAGAAGUGGUGGAACUCAUGAGGAAGAAGUGGUGAAACUCAUGAGGAAGAAGUGAUGGAACUCAUGAGGAAGAAGUGGUGGAACUCAUGAGGAAGAAGUGGUGGAACUCAUGAGGAAGAAGUGGUGGAACUCAUGAGGAAGAAGUGGUGGAACUCAUGAGGAAGAAGUGAUGGAACUCAUGAGGAAGAAGUGAUGGAACUCAAGAGGAACAAGUGAUGGAACCCAACAAGUUUCUGUUUUUCUUUUUCCAGCCCAUCCGUGAUCUAUACAAAACUUGGAAGAGCUGCAUUUGAGGCAAUCAAGUGCUAUCUAAUUUGUAGUCUUCUGGGUCCUUAACCGUUUCCUUCUCUGUGGUGGUCUUCUUAAUUCACUUCAGAGAUGGCAGAAGGGAAACAGGUUUGUGCAUCCAUGCUUUGGGUCAGACAUACAUCUUCCUCCUAUGAGGAUAAGUGGGGAAAUUCAUGCGCAUAUGGAAACUGGGCAUAACCAUGCACUGAAGAGAACCCUAAUCUAGCAAAGAAAGGUUAAUGGACACCACUAGACCUCUGAGUCUUGUUCAGUCUUUUAGACACACUCCUUUGGGCUAAGAAAUGGGGCUAUUUUCUAGCCAUCUCCUUACCAUCUGCUGAAGCAUCUGAAAACUAUAAUGCGCCCAUGAAGAGUUCCCUCAUCAUGCCUUAGAACUGUUGCACAAAUAAGGGACUUCCAUUCCCCCCCCCCCCUUGGACAAUUCUGGAUGGGUUUUCAAAACCACCAGUAACCCUGUCCUGCUUUUGAAGGGAAAAAAACCCCACAAAAUAUUGAGAAGGUAGCUUAUGAUUUUCAAACAGCCAUACUCCUUCCAACUCUCCUCAUCCUGGGGGCUGUGAAAUGGUGUUAAUUUGUCUUGCACUGGUGCAGCGCGUGUGUAUACUCUCGACGCAAGGUAUUUUUUGAGCUGUUGAAUUUCGCGACGUGUGUCCGUGUGUGUAUGCGUGCGCAUGUGUGAUUGUGUGGGUCAGCUGGACGCACGUCCGCAGGAAACACGUUUGCGGCCUGCUUGAAGAUGGGCAAACUCAAUAUCCAGGGAGACAGCCAGACCGCCGAUCGCUAGACUUUUAAGAGUUGAUCCGAAAGAGAAUCUGUUAAACUUGUUUACAAAAGUUCUAAAUAUUUCUCCUCAAAAUUUAGGAAGUCUUCCCUUCCACAUCCUGCCUCUUCCCUUCGGUGUAAAUCGAUCUUAUAUUUCAGUUAAGAAAGAAGCAGAAAAUAGAAGUUGUAUAUUUAAAAUGCCGAUACUUAGCAUAAUGGCCUUAAAUAAUUCUCUUUUAUAUAUAUCUAUAAAGUUGGGUGACUGCCUCUUAAGGCUGAAUGCUGCAAAAGAUCACGGUGUUAAAAAAGGUUGUGGGGUUUUGUUUGUCUUUUGCCCUUUCCUUUUUUUUACCAAAUUUGGUGAGUGUGUGUGUGUGUUUAUGUGUGGCAUGGAAGAAUUAGGAGGGCAGGGAAGGAACAGAUCCCUUAGUGCAAAUGUGGUAGUUACAAUCACUUGGACUAAAUGGCCUUGAGAUAGUAGUAAAUUAUUCAGAUCUUUGUAGUAGUUGGCACCGACCAAUUAGCAGACCCUGGAAACAACAGAUGUCUUCCCUUUAGGGCUUAUAUCCAGCCCAUGUGGGUGAUUAGGAAGAAAACACUUGUAGAUGUUAGCUCAGAUUUUGUGUUUGCAGCUGGGUUGGGAGAAUCUGCCAAAAUAUGAAGGAUUUUAGGUCCGUCCAGCCCUCUGACUUUUUUUUUUUUUUACAGGUAGAUAUCCAAAGUUUAGUUUGGUGUUUUGAAUGAUCCAAUUGACCAACAUUUCUUUCACUCGAGAUAUCGCAAUUCUUGUGUUGGACUAUAAACCCAAAGGUUUAUAUUCACGGUUACUGCCAGUGACAGGAUGGAGCUGAUAUUGGAUGGUUUUUGAAAAGAGGUCCCAAGAACCAAGAAAGACAUAUGGAAUUACUUCUGAGCAGUUUCUUUUCUGUUCCUCACCUGUAGACUGAAUCUUGCCCAUCUAAAGCAAGCUACUUGCAUCGUUGUAGAUACACUUUGCUGGGGAGAAAUUAUCUUAACUCUCUUCUUCUCAAUCAAACUAUCUAAACUUCACUGUCUCUUAGUUCUCUGGCAUGUGGCCCCUCUCUGCUGGGAAUCCAGACUACAUUCCGCCACAGUAGAUUCGGGCCUUGUUAGUUCUCAGCAGGAAAUGUCUGGUGUGUAGACAAGACUAUAGACUCCAUAUCUCAAAAGAAGACAAUGGCCAUAGAUUUCUGUGCAAUCCUUGUGUGUGUGUGUGUGUGUGUGUGUGUGUGUGUGUGUGUGUGUGGUUUUGGUUCAAGUUUUAUUUUCCUCUUCCUUUUUUUCCCUCUUAACUUGAAGCCUUAAUAUUUUACUUCUUUGAAAUAAGCAACAGAGGGCAGAGUGGAGAAAACCAGAUGCUGCUGUAUUUCUGCUUGAGUUUAAUAAUAGACUUUACCCUGUGCAGUUAAAAAAACACACACAUCAAGCCUCAAAGACAAAGGGCUUGUGAAGUCGACAGGGAUAGAUCACAGAGGAUUCCUUGGGGAUGUGUAUAUGUAUUUUUUGUGGGAACAGCUGGUAAAGUUCAGCAAAUCUUUUCAGAGCUAUCCAAUUCCCAAGUCAACUUUUUUGUUGUUGUUCCCUGAGCAGAUAUCCACCAGUGUUUAAACACACACAGAGACACACACAUACAGACACAACAAACACACACACAGGCAAAACUAUGCAGAAGUAUGCUUUAAUGUUGAAAACCUGACAUGCAGCCAAGUGGGUGUGCUAGAAGCGAAAAAGAAAUUAAGAAAAGCGUACCCAAGGUUUUGUAAAUAUUUGCUCAUCGUAUUUGUACAAUGGGGGAGAGGGGUCUAUAAGCAAGACCCUCUCGGUGAGGAUCACAGUCUUGCAGACAAAAACUGAACAGGGGCCACAAUGUUGUGGACUGCCUCUGCACCCCCAAGCCUGGAUUAGGGACAGAAAGAACUUAAAGACUGAAAAGGCGACCUUGCUAUUAAAAUCACAGUUCAAGGACCUUCUUGAUGGAGAGACUUCCUAACAGUCUGUAUUCACCUGUUCUCCUAUCUCAAAACUGUUUGGAAUGUAAUCUGUGCAGACUUCGUGAAACUUGUGUCUGUAAUUCUCAUCUCUGUCGCUUUAGUCUCAAUACAUAUGUAUAUAUUUUUCAA